CGAAAAAAAAUAGUGUUGGGAUCGCCCCUACCAGCGAACAAAAUAGUUCGACGACCGAGCCGCCCCUCUUCCCUGCAUCCCGCGGCGGCCCAUUCCUUCCUCUGCCGGUGCGUUGCCCGGCGCCGGGGAUAACGCGCGGGGCCGCCGAAGCGGCGGCGUCGGAGGCGGUCCGAGUUCCCUUACGGGCGCGGCUACCCCGGCGGGAUGGGCACGCCGGAGUUCCCCAACCUGGGGCGGCACUGCAGCGUCGGCGACUGCAACCAGAUCGACUUCCUCCCCUUCACAUGCGACCGCUGCGACCACGUCUUUUGCCUUCAGCACCGAAGUUAUAUGUCACACCAGUGUCCAAAUGCAAAUCAGAAGGAUGUUACUGUCCUCAUCUGCCCACUCUGUGCUAAAGGAGUUCGCUUGAAUCCAAAUGAAGACCCUAACAUCACCUGGGAGUCUCAUGUUAACACCGACUGUGAUCCAUCAAAUUACCAGAAAGUAACAAAGAAAAAGAAAUGCCCUGUUCCUGGAUGCAGAGAAACACUGACGUUUUCAAACACUAUCAGAUGCAAAGAUUGCACCAAAGAACACUGCCUAAAGCAUAGAUUUGGGCCUGAUCACAAGUGUCCAGGACCAAGAAAAAUGGAUUCCACCUUCCCCUUUGCAAAUAUGCUAAGGAGAAGCCAGAAAGUGGAGACACGUCCGAAUAGCAGCAACAAUAGUUCUUCAUGGUGGAGCUCCAGCCUUCUGAACGCAGCAUCAAAUUUCAAAUCAUCGGCUGAAGCUGGAAUGCAGAAAUUGAGCACCGCAACUAGCCAAGCCUUCCAGAAGGCUAAGGAUGGGAUCUCCCCAAACAGCAGCAGUAGCAGCAGUGGUGACCUUGUGGAGCAAUGUGUUCACUGCCCAGCAAGAUUUUCCACUGUGGGGGCGUUAAUCGAACAUGUUGAGAAAUCCCACCAGACGAACUCACAAUCAAGUCGUGGCCGAGUGACAAUUGAUGUCUGCCCAAAAUGCAGCAAGGGGUUCCGAGAUCCGGUGUUGCUUGUGGAGCAUGUUGAGAGGGAUCAUGGAGGAACAUCAAGAGCAUAAAAGCAAUUUAUUUUGGUUUGAUCAAUCCAAAAUCAUCCUAGAGCAUCAAUAUAAAGUUAUAAAAAGUUUGGUUGUUUGAAUUUUCGUAAUUCUUGCGUAAUCGUGAAAUUAUUGUUUAAUCUAUUUUCAGCA